UGUAAACUAAAUAGUCAAGUGGAUGCGUACUAUCAAGUGCACGUCCUAUUAAACAUGGAAAGAGGAGUCCAGUGAAAAGAAGCAAGUUCCAAGUAGUAAGCGGUUAAAACAGACAAGAGUGUCCCAACUGAAAUAACCCGUUACCAACCAAAGACAAGUUGGAGAAUAUGGUUUUGAACCUCUGCCUGCCGCAUUUUCAUACCACAGUCCAUUGUGACAAGCUGUGUGCAGAUGGCUAUGACGUCACGAACCUUGUGUCAGCGGACCCUGCUCUCCGGAGGCGGGGCUUCAAGCUGGAGUACUUCCUGCGCCCACCAGUACAGGUAACACUGAAGUUUGGUUUCCAGGUGGAGUUGUGCAGGGUGGAUGUGGAGCUGUGGCCAUGGGGUAUGGACAAGGGACAGGCUUGCAAGAGGUUGGAGAUCAGCACCAGCUCUGAUUCUGUACUUUCCCAGGCUCUGGGCCCAGGUCAGGGCCAGCACUGGAACAAACAGAGCCAAGACAAGCAACAGCAGCACAACAAUAGAUCUGGAAAGAUAAUUGGCCACCAGUGGAGCUGUCAGGCCCAAAAAUGGGGUGAGGAGGCUCUAGAUGAAUCUCGAUGUGGUGAAGCUUACAGAGGGAAGAGGACCCAACAACAUGCUCAGUCAGAGAAUGAAACCAGCCAUCCUGAGCCACAGUUUAAACUCGUUGGUCGCUGUGAACUGAGAGAGGAAACCCAGGUCUCUUUCUCCCAUUCACACUUUUUCCCCCGGCCACCUUUCCUCUCCCCACUGCCGUCACGGCCUGCAGACUGUCGGCAAGAGGAGCUAAGGAGCAGGGGUCUGCUCUCAUUAGGCUCUGUGACACAACUCCGUGUGACUUUGCCAUUUGGUGGAGCUGCAUCUGCACUGGGGCUUAAGGCUUUGGUAGUGUGGGGACAGCCUGCACGCUGCUGCCCCGCAGAAGAAGUGGAGAGGAUUAAGAGAGCCCAUGAGGCCAGUGAAAGACAGCUGCCCCGGCCUAGGUUUUUUGCCUCAUGUGCCAGUCCGCCAUCAAGGCCACUGGAAGCAGCAGCAACUCCCAGCUCCCUGUCAGUCCCAGAGGAGUUUCUGGACCCCAUAACCCAGGAAGUAAUGACACUGCCUAUGCUGCUGCCCAGUGGAGUGUCGGUAGACAGCACCACCCUGGAGGAGUACCAAAAGAGGGAAGCCACUUGGGGUCGACCCCCCAAUGACCCCUUCACAGGGGUUCCAUUCACUGCAGCUUCCCAGCCCCUCCCUAACCCCCAGCUGAAGAGCCGCAUUGAUCACUUCCUCCUCCAGACGGGGGAGGGGUCGAGGGAGGGGAAGGUGGGGAGACAAGGGGAUGGAGAAAAUCCACAGCCCUCAAGGCUCUUAGUUUUUGAGGAGGACAGAGAGUCUCAAAGCUUUCCUGGUCCCAGUGGAGGGUCAGUAAACCAUUCCAUCCAGCACAAAGUUUGCACUGGAAACACAAAGAAGACUACAUCAAUUGAAGGCAGCGGGUCAGACAGUACAUUAACAAAUGGGAAUGACAUGUCUAGUUCUCUUACCAAAAACUUGGGCAGAAGUAAGAAACAAAAUCAAAGUGGAAAUCCCAAAGAAGCAACAGAAACUCCUGUCAGUUCUCAUCACGCAGAGAAGCAACUUUUACCUCAGACGAAAAGGCCAAGGACCGAUGAAGCCUCCAUACCUACCUCAGUUCCCAGCAGCUGCUCUCAUGAGCAGCGCUUGUCAACCAGCCUGGACGAAGCCCUCUUCUGUGCUCUGCAGGGUCGACCCUCCUUCACCUCAAACGUCCCUCAAAACAGACAAGUCUCCACUGACAUGGAGGCAUCUGAGAGGGUGGACAUACCAAGGCAUCUAACGGAUGUGAAAAAGUGCUCUGCAUGCUCCUGCUCCAUCUCUGUAUAUUCCACACCUGCGGCAUCUGUGUACCGGCUAACCUGUGGUCACUUACUCUGCCGCACAUGUCUGCAGAGCAAAUCACAGCCUGUGAGCUCUGUCAGUGUAGCAACACCCAGUCAUGUCUUAUGUCCUACCUGCCAAAGCCCCGCACAUCGCAGUGACAUCAUACGUGUACAUCAGUGACCGACCACAUACAACAAACCCAUACAUUCAAAACCUUUGACGAAGCAAAGAGGAAGGUCGAGAACUGCAGUGCAGCUGGACAGAUGUGCUACUUUAGUAUUUGUGACCGUGCUGAACUCAAAGUAAAUCAAUAACCAUUUACAGUCACGCUUACAACCAUUUCCAAGUGAUAACUCCUAAGUAUAACAACAUUGAUGGAUGAUGGACUUUCUUCCCAGGAAUGUUUUAUCCUUUUGACACCCUAACUCCAUAAUAUCUUCACACUUGUGGCAAAUGUGUCAUGUUGUCAUUUACUAAUGCAUUUUAUAUAUUAACUGCAGGGGAGGUAAACUGACUGUCAGUUUGGACCAAAAUUACACUGCAUCCUGUAGAUUUCUACAGGCAACCACUGUAAUUUCUACAAAUCAUUACCACAUAUUUAGUCAUGACAUGACAUUACAGCAUGUGCAUGUACUCUUUAUUCCACAGCCAUUUGUUGUAUUUUUUACUUUUCCUUUUCAACAUAUUUGACACAGCUAGAAAGCUUUUCAUGUAUUUUUCCUGGGCCAGUGUAAGCACAAAAGCAGAUCAUAAGUAGCUCUGUUUGCAAUAGCAGCAGGCGAAGAGAGGACAUCACUGAAAGACCUUUAAAAAAAAUUCUGUGCAGGAGAAUAGAAAAAGUCUUGCUCACCCCCUUCUAUCACCUCUGUCUGUCUCAACAUUUUAUAGAGGAGUGAAGCGUAAUUGCAACCUUGGUACAAAGCCUUUGUACAUGUGCUAAGAAGGCGCAAAGAAAGGUAUGGAGGAUGGCAAGGUACUGAGAGCUUUAGGGCACGAGUGUGUAAAUGGAAAUGGAGUGGUCCAAGGUUGUGUGGUCAUUGUGAGAAAGACAAACAGCCAAGGCCCUGCUUAGCUGACCUCUCAGUGCCAUUUUAACCCCUGCUUCAUUUUCAUUUCCAUCUUCAAUUCCCUGUUUCUUCACUCUAUUUCAGAUUUACCUUCAGUCUUGUAUGCCAUUAGCUUUUGUUUGCUUGAAAACAUAAACAAGAGGGCACCGAUGGGACAAUACAAACCCGUACUCAAACCCUUGCCAAUUUUCUAUCUUAGCACUCAUUCUAAUGAUGACUUUUGACUUUUUCUGUGCACUAUAAAAUCAAGGUUGAACCAAAGAGUACAAAACGGCAUUUAUUGGUCUUCACAAUCAUAAAACAGCAUAAUUUAUAUGUUGGUUUCCCUGACAAUGUUAAGCUUAAGCAAGGUCAUGAUCCUAUAUCCGUUCAGUAAGAGCAAAGACAGCGAUUGACAUGCACCCACACCUAGAUGCUCAUUUGGAGAAAUAGAGACCAAAAACAUCAGCUGGGCUUGAAACUUGUUCAGGUAAACAUCAAAGAUAAAAGUGACUUUGAUAGUCUCAGUAUUAUUCAUAAGCUCUCAUGCUGAAUAUUGCCUCCACCAGUCAAAUCACACUAGCCAAUAUUGUCAGGUUACUACAAUGUGUCUCAUCCUUUGUUCUCCUUACAGUUGGUUGCUGAUGCUGAUGUAGAAAUUGAAUGUUUUUCUUUGGUUUCAUUGUAAGCUGUCCUGAAUAAGGAAAUGGGUGUAAUGCCUAAAAAUAUAAACUGUCCAUUCUCAAUCAUGAAUUCUUUCACCACUGAGUGAAGUGAAACUGGUGUGUAUGUAUUUAAGGUGCUUAUUACUGGAUAAUGCUGGAAGGCUGCUACUCUUAUUAAAGGAUUUUGUUACAACUG